CAAAAUGUGGGAUUACAAGUGUGAGCUACCACGCCUGGCCUCAAAUCCUCAUUUUAUCUAGGCAAAUUUGUGAAGGGAAAAUAAGUUUGAGAAAAGUAGUUGAACCUGGCUUAAAGCAGGUGGAAGAAAAUUUCAGGAUCAAGUAGUUUUCUAUUGUAUGUCAAGAGUGGGUUACAUUGUCUCUGAAAUUAAUCAGGUGGUGGUGGCAGGUAGUUUUGUUUUUUAACAGGCAGGACAGAAUGUUCCUACUUUUGCCAGUGUGGCAAUUUGAGAUAGGAAGUGUGGUUGAGUUUUGUACUCCAGAAAAUGAGAAGCCCUGGUUGUAACAGAUGUGCAUGAGUGUGUUCCAGGAAGAGGCGAGAGGUGCGUUGCUGGAGAGCUCUUGGGAGGUCCCUGGUGGAUAUAGUUUUUUUUUGUUCUUAGCAUUCUCUGUCCACAUGGGUAAACAUAGAGCAGCUGGUUCCCUGGUUGCCUUCAGAGCAGCUCCCAAGUAUCAGUUCAUGUUAAGCUUUAGGGAGGGUAACAGGACCUUUGGGGGAAGUGCCUAAUGGGCUGGAAGGUGUGGACACAGCAGGCCUAGGAGUGAAGGUAAUGAGCCAGAUCCUGGGGGAUUGAGAGGAGGCGUUGAGCUGAGCUGGAGAAAGUGAAGACUCAGGGGAUCUUACUACUUAAACCUGAGGCAGCUGAUCCCAUGCAGAGGCUAUCUGCCUGUUAGGGGUCAGUGAUCAGGGAUUAAUGCCAGCUGAGGCUGCAGGAUACAGUGUGCUUGCCUUUGAGUUCCCUAUUUGGACAGAGAUGAAAAUCACUUAUGUGGCUCUUUUACCUACCUUGGAGAGGCUCCUGCUGAGAAUCAGGAAUUUUCCAUGUGUACAGUGGGUAAAGGGCUAACAGCCAAACCCUCUGACCCCAGGUCUGGGCCUCCACUUCUUCCUCCUCACCACUAGGGUCAUUCUGAUCCUUGCCAAACACCCUUAGGAAACUCUUCCUUCCGAGGUUGGUUCUCUACCCAGGCCCCUCCACCCACUUCUCCACUGAGAUCUUUUUACGUUUAUUUCUCAAAAAAUGAAAGUUGUAUUUCCCAUGUAAGUACCUCCAACUUACGGAAUAGUUUCUUAAUCACACAAGGUCACUUAGCCCCAGGCAGAGAGGCAGCCGCAACUUGCAGGGCACCUUCUGGGAGGCAGUAGUGGGAAGUGGAAGGGAAAGAUGUUUCUUCCUUUUACCCCAUCCUGUGCAGGGCCUUCCCUCAUUGGAGCUGGCAGAGCCUGAGCCAUCCCAGGUGACCUCAGUGCGGUUCUUGGCCCCAGGACAGUGGCUGGCAACAGUGCAGGUCCUUCUCCCACCUCUCCUCUGCAGCAGGAUGGGCAGGGAGGAGCCAGCCCCUAUGAGCAAAGUGAUGAGGAGCCUCUUUUUAUGGAGAAAAGCUUCAAGGAGGCACAAAGAUCACUGUUCUAGUGCCAGCUGUACCCUUGACUCAUUUUGUGUCCCUAGACAAGUCAGCUAUCCCCUGGACAUCAUUCGCCCUGCCUGUCCAGUGAGACUUAUCUCUGCAAAUGAGCAUUCCCGAACGUGGGCCUCCUACAUGACCAACUCCCCGACUCUCAUCGUUAUGAUUGGUUUGCCAGCCCGGGGUAAAACCUACGUGUCCAAGAAACUAACACGCUACCUCAACUGGAUUGGAGUGCCCACCAAAGUGUUUAAUCUUGGGGUGUAUCGGCGUGAAGCUGUCAAGUCCUAUAAGUCGUACGACUUCUUUCGGCAUGACAAUGAGGAGGCCAUGAAGAUCCGCAAACAGUGUGCUCUGGUGGCGCUGGAAGACGUUAAGGCGUAUCUCACCGAGGAGAAUGGUCAGAUUGCGGUGUUUGAUGCCACCAAUACCACCCGGGAGAGGAGGGAUAUGAUUUUGAAUUUUGCUGAACAGAAUGCCUUUAAGGUAUUCUUUGUGGAAUCUGUCUGUGAUGAUCCUGAUGUCAUUGCUGCCAAUAUCCUGGAGGUUAAGGUGUCCAGCCCUGACUACCCUGAAAGGAACAGGGAGAACGUGAUGGAGGACUUCCUGAAGAGAAUUGAGUGCUACAAAGUUACCUACCGUCCCCUUGACCCAGACAACUAUGACAAGGAUCUUUCUUUCAUCAAGGUGAUAAAUGUGGGCCAGCGAUUUUUAGUCAACAGAGUCCAGGACUACAUCCAGAGCAAGAUAGUCUACUACCUCAUGAAUAUCCAUGUCCAGCCUCGUACCAUUUACCUUUGCCGGCACGGAGAGAGCGAGUUCAAUCUCUUGGGGAAGAUUGGGGGCGACUCUGGCCUCUCGGUACGGGGAAAGCAGUUUGCCCAAGCUCUAAGGAAGUUUCUGGAGGAACAGGAGAUAACAGACCUCAAAGUGUGGACAAGCCAGCUGAAGAGGACCAUACAGACUGCUGAAUCUCUUGGGGUGCCCUAUGAGCAGUGGAAGAUUCUGAAUGAGAUUGAUGCUGGCGUGUGUGAAGAGAUGACCUAUGCAGAGAUUGAGAAGCGGUACCCGGAAGAGUUUGCACUUCGAGAUCAAGAGAAGUAUCUGUAUCGAUAUCCUGGUGGGGAGUCAUACCAGGACCUGGUGCAGCGGCUGGAGCCUGUCAUCAUGGAGCUGGAACGUCAGGGCAAUGUCCUCGUCAUCUCCCACCAAGCUGUCAUGCGCUGCCUUCUGGCCUACUUCUUGGAUAAGGGCGCAGAUGAGCUACCAUACUUGAGAUGCCCUCUCCAUACCAUCUUCAAACUUACUCCUGUGGCCUACGGGUGCAAAGUGGAAACAGUUAAGCUUAACGUGGAGGCCGUGAACACACACCGCGACAAGCCAACUAACAACUUCCCCAAGAACCAAACCCCUGUAAGGAUGAGAAGGAACAGCUUUACGCCUCUGUCCAGUUCGAAUACAAUAAGGCGUCCGAGAAAUUACAGUGUUGGGAGCCGGCCCCUCAAGCCCCUCAGCCCUCUCCGUGCCCUGGACAUGCAAGAAGGGGCCGACUAGCCGAAGACCCAAGUCAGCAUUUCGGUGGUGUGACUGUGUGUUUCCCUCCAGCCCUGGCCUCCUGCCCUUGUCACUAAUCAUCAAGGAGUCAUUUAACUUCCUCCCUCCACCCCCACCCCUGACACUUCACCAUUAAUCUUAACAUAGAACGUGAGGUUAUGUGUUUAUAGGACAACCUUAGCUGUUCUCCAGUCUGAAACAUCUUUCCACCCAGGGGCAGGUUAGCAAAUUGGGUCUUUCAGGAAAGAUUCUCAGAUGGAAUGGUCUGGAGGAGGAGGAAAAAGAUACAUUCCAUUGGGGCUGAACAUGCCCCACGCUCUUGGUUCUUCUCUGUGUUCCCUGGUGUCUUACUUCACUAAUGUCCUCGUGUGGGUAAAGUGUUGGGGCGAUGGAGUGUGGGUGAGUGGUGGGGGGACAAAAUGUCGAUUCUUCCUUCACUUCUGUCUCUUCAAUGUGUGUUUUCCUCACAGUGCUUACUUGACUGCUUUCCUCUCCCACUUUCGUGUCCCCUCAGGAUUGUCCGGUGUAAUGCAUGGCAUUGUGGUGUCUGUCUAGGAAGGAAGGGGUGAUUGGCAAGAGACAAUUCUGGCCCAGCUGAUGCUUUCUGCAGCGGGUCCAGAUGGAUCUGGACUGGAGGAGUCUUUCCUUUCCUUUCUCCCUUCCUCUCCAGCCAGGUCCUGCAAGGGCCAGCCCAGGCUACAGAACAUCCACAAAAUACUCUGGAGCUUGCAAGUGUACAUAGGGUGAGAGCUCUUGCCUCCUUUCAUGAGAAACUGUCCUAAGUCUUUGAUGCCCUGGGGGAAUCUGGCUCUGAGGAUGUGGGAAAUAGCUUGGCUUUUAUUUUUAACUUAGGGUCGGGCCUGGGUCUUUUGAGGUCUGCAGGAUGGGGUUUUGGAGAGCAGGGUGGGCGGCAGCUCAUGCGGAGCUUUUGGAGACCAGUCACGUCUUUUCUCCCAUGGUUCGCAGGUUCUUUGCCAAUCACAGCAACUUUUCCUGCCAAAGUCAGUAUUCUCUGGGGCGGUUUAGAAGGGCAGUUAGAUUUAGGAGCCACCACUGAUGUUUAAAUUGCAAAAGGCAAGAGGCAGAGAAGAGUUCACUAAAAUGGCUUAUUUUCACAUAAUUUCACACCCUGUUUAAGAAUAAAGACACGUCAAAACAAAAUAGUUUUUACGUUAGCAUUCAUUUCCCAAAUGUGAAAAAGCUUGGUGAUGAAUUUAAUCUCUCUCAUUGGAGUGUUCUUUUGUUCACAAGGAGAAACUGUCUCAUCUUGAAGUCCAGAGAAGUCCUCGGAACCCUGUGGGAUCUAGCUCUUAACUGUUUCUAUUUAUCUAGUCACUUCUGUCAUUUCAUUUUCUUUGUAGGGUUAAACAGAAAAUGUUUAGAGAAGGAAUUCUUAGCCCCUUGAUGACCAUGAUGGCUUGUUCUCUUUUCCAAUUUUGCAUGCAAAAUGUACGAAUAUAUGUAUGUUUUUCUGAGAGGCAAGUUUAGAGUUCUCAAGGGAUUUUAAAGAGAUAGGUGACUCCCCACCUCAAAGUUACCGGCUCGUCUGCUUCCAUGGUAAUGGAAGACCUUUUGUUGUGGUUCUCAUCCAGGAGUACUCCUUAGAAUCCCCUUUAGAAUUGUUGAAUCAUAAACAUGCCUGUGUCCACCUUACGCCUAAUGCUGACUCACAAUCUCUGGCAUCUGGGUCUGGACAUGCAUGUAUUUACGUAGCUUCCUGGAUACUUCUGACAUAGCCCAGAUUAAGAACUCCACCUUAGGAAGUUAGGUGGAAAAAUACUGGGAUAGUAGUUCCUCAGACAAAAGUGUCAGCCUAGGAAUUCUGAAUUUCUCAGUGCUUAAAGGACAGUUCUUUGGGUUUGAUGUUUGAGCAGAUCAUAAUAUUAAAUGAUAUAACCCUCUGGAAGGCAGGCUGCUGUGUUUUAGAGGGUUAUUCUAGGUUCUAGUCCCAUCUUUAAUCCUUACCAUUGCUGAGCGAUGUGGAAGAAAUCACUGAAUUAAAUAAUUGUCCCUAGAUAGCAGCUGGGGAUUUUAAGCACCCUGGAGAGAGCUGCAAACUCUGCAGGAUGAUAAAGUUGUCAUCACAGGCAAUAACUCCCUGACCCCGAGUCUUUUACUCCUAUGUCCCAAGUAGGAUACCAGAGCCAGCUUCUAAAGACUGCUUACCUAGAUUCAUCUCAAAAUUAUGUCAAAGAUGUAAAGUAACCUGCUAUUCCUGUUUAGUGGUUAUAUAAUAUGUACUGAGUGUCUUUGUGGAGCUUUGGGCUGGUGGGGGCAGGGACAGGAGAAAGACACACAGAAAUAGAAGAAAAGGUUAUCGCCCAGAGGAAGAUUAUUUUAAGAGACAUGAUGUAGUUUGUAACAAAUGAGCAUUUGCAAUAUAGCAACACUCUGAGUCUAGAAGUGCUCACCAGCACAUCGCUUCUCCUGACUUUUCUGUUGUCCUAUGGCUACGAGACUACAAGGAUUGGGGGAUGGGAUGCCUCCACCACCACUAAUGUGAGAAGGAGAUACGUCGGGGAGGCAUGUUUGGCACUUUUACAAGGUUGCAUUGUCUACAUUUGCUCCCAGUUAUGUAGCCCAAAUGGGCAUUCAGUCUUUUCUUCUGCUGUGAGGUGAGUGUAAUUCAGAACUAAUGAACGAGAAGAGGGAGCACUUUGAUCCACAGAUUGGAUUAACACUGUACCUACUCUUAGCAAGAGGAGACUUGUCUAACAAGCUAGCAUUGUGUUAACCUGUCAGUAGCCCCAGCAUUUGAGACAGGUCACUGGGAUGUUCACUCUGGCUCUCAGCCUGACGUUAGGUCCCCACUCUCCCCGUGCCAGUUUGCUUUCCUCAGAAGAGGAGCUGAGGGGUGUCUUAUUAUCCUCAGAUAGAACAUGAGAAAUUAGAAUUUGACAAGCAAGGGCUUCAGCAUCCUUUGGUUUCUAAAGCAAGAUCCCUUCAGAGAAGUCCAGCAGGAAGAAACCAGGAGAAUGUAGAAUGGAAAAGAACUUUUACUCCACAUUUUAAAGAAGUUCCAUCUCUACUUCUCAUCUUUUCUCUCCUGGUCUUCUUACUUGAAUGCAUGUUGUAGUAUAUACACAUUGCUAUGAUUGUGCCUAUCACAAGUCCUACAAUAUAAAAAUGGACUUAAAAGUACUCUCUGCUGAGGCCAUAGGUUUUAUGUUAUGAGAAAUAGAUAAAGACAUUAGCAUUUAACCUACUGGAAUAAGCUGGUGGUUGCAGCUUAUUACCUGUAGUCCCAGAUACUUGGGAGGCUGAGGUGGGAGGAUCACCUGAGCCCAGGUGUUUGAGACCAGCCUGAGCAACGUAGUGAGACCUCACCUCUGAAAAAAAUUUUUAAAAAUUUACUUGUCUAAAGUGGGGAAAGGGAAAUUAUUCUGUUUUCUUAUUCUUGCUUCAAGUCUAUGAGAGAUUUGAAAGAGAAAUCUAAAGCAGAUUUAGAGAACCUGCUUCUCUUCUUAUCUCCUAAUCCCUAAAUUGGAAUUUAGCUCUUAUCUGUAUUGUUUUUGUUUCAGUAAAGGGAUGAUUUUACACUGAGUUGGAAAGUGGAAUAAGGAAAGCUCCUAAAACCUUGCACUGUGCUGGGGAUCUGCCCCAUAGCUUUGGUUUUGGUGUUUUGUUGUUGUUGUUCUUGUUUGUUUCCGAAGAAGUUGGAGUUAAGGAUACAAUAUGUCUGUACCCCUAGACGGAAUGGCUGAAUAUUCCAUAUGAGGAUAUGCGUAAUCCUCUUUGCAACCCACAUUUGAUCUUCAGAGAUGUUGGCGUUUUGAAGAAACAUGAUAUAGCUGUUUGGGAAUAAAUUCAUCUAUGUUACUUUUUUUGUGUGAGCAAGAGAUCUUAAUUGACAGAAACUCCUUGGUGGUUAGGGUGGCCAAUGGCAAGGGAAAAAGUAUCCAGUAAUCAGAGAACUGCAUCUGGGUUAUGUAGUCUUAUGCAUAUUUCAUGGUCUUUGCCAAGCCCAGAAGCCAUAUUGUGUUCAUUGUCAAGAAAUUUGAUUGCUUUGCCCAGCUUUUCUAGUAUGGAUUUUGACUUAUUAAAAAUAUAUGACGACCUGAACAACAUUGGUUGCAACAUUGGUGGGUCACCCCCAAGGUAACACAGAUAUCAGAAGUGUGUCUAGGGAUUUAAUUUAGACCCAUACUGUCUAGGAGAUUGUCUUUAGUUGGAUCUCUGUGCUGACUGACCAGCAGACUUUAGAGUCUGUGUGCAGACUGGAAGACUCUAGUGGUGUCUAUAUGUCAGCCAACAGGUAAACUAGUAGGAUCUGUGUGCUGACUGACACCAGUAGGAUCUGUUUGUCACUGACAGACUCUAGCAGUGUCUGUGUGAUGACUGACUGGCUGAUUCUAGUAGCGUCCGUGUAUUGACUGAAUGAGAAACUCUAGUAAUGUCUGUGUGUUGACUGACUGACUCUGACUCUAGUAUCUGUGUGUUGACUGAUUGAUACUCUAGUGGUAUCUGUAUGUCGACUGACUGACAGACUCUAGUAGUGUCUGUGUGCUGACUGAUAGACUAGUAACAUCUGGGUAUUGCCUGACUAUAGAGUCUGUAAGCCGACAGUCACAGUCUGCCUGCUGUCUGAUUGCACCCAUUGAAGUGUAUGUAUAUGUUUGUAAUUCUCUAUUAAAUGUGUCUAACAAAGAAAGAAAUUAAGCACUCCAGAUGUUUCCUUUAUAGGGGAGUUCUGUAUACUAUGAUUUUAAAUAGACAUUUCUUGUAUAGUAGUGGCCAAAUUCUCCUUAUUUUGUAAAAGAUGAAGGUUGCACAUCACUGUUGUGGUAUUUUGUGAACUCAGCUAAGGGAAUGCCUGUUCAGAGCCUGGAGUUUUUACCCUUACUUGAGAUCAUUUCAUCCACUCCCCUGCUUUAGGGCAGAACUUCACUUUUGCUGUCUGUUUCUGAAGCUUCUGUGUCCCCAGCUUACCCUGUUCUGGAAUGCUGCAUUCCGUUGGAGAGCGCUGCUGUUUUUAGUCGGCCAUGCAUUUGGCUUUUACACUGAAUCUAAUAAACAAAAAUGAGAAGGAAAUUUGGCGUUCAGAAAUUGAUUUUAAGGGCUGGCAAAAGUAUUUUUUCCAGUAAGCCUUUCAUUGGAUAUCUGUGACCAAUGUUUACCUACUCAAUGUUUUUGUAUCUGAAUUGCUUAUGUACAUUUUUUAUUGUGUUGACGUAACAAGAAGAUCAACUUAUGCGGGUAUGGUGAUGGUUUUGCUAUGGCCAAAGCAAAGGGCUGACCAAAUACACAGUGCCCUUUGGGAAGGGGAAUUGUGUGGGGCUGAGCACCUCUGGGUUGAAUGGGUAUGGGUCAGAUUGGGUAGCCUAGGAAAUAGAGUUCUACUGCAGAUUUCCGAGGCACUGCUCUGUUGAAAGUAGGAACAUAGGUCUUUAGCAACAUUCUGAUUUAAUCAGGUGUUACUGAUAACAAAGUGUGCCACUCAGAUCCAUUUAAGGUGUUUUAAACUGUAUUUGAAAUGUGUUUUUGUGCGUGUGUGUGUAGAAUGGGUAAAUAAAAUUGUUGAGUAACUUGAACCUA